AUGGAGUGCAGUUUGUGUGGGGAUGUGGGCUUCCAGAUCUAUCUAUUCCAAUGCACAAAAUGUCUAGUUCGUUUCCAGCAUCAAUAUUGCAGCAGAGAAUAUUAUGAGAAUGUAUCAGUUGAGAGUAUGAGUGAAGUGUGCGACUGGUGCUUCACUAUUCAAGAGAAGGAUGCAGGCUCUAAUGUUAAGCUUAUGAUGAGAGAUUCUGUUAAAAGAAUGAGAAGUUCUGCUGAGUUUGGAGAGUGCACAAGCGAGACCCACAAUAGCGAAGCCAAAAGAGAUUUGGGAAAAUCUUGUGUUGAAAUUAAUGGACAGAUACCCAAUUUGCCUGAAAAGAAGGAAAGGCCUGAAUUAAGAGACAAUAUGGAAAGAAAAAAUAGGAAGAGAUAUAAGCUUCUUGAUGAAAUUCUCUGUUGA